GGUAUACUGUGAUCGUUGUGUUUUUAAUCACUGCCGUUUUAUCGGCAUUAGCGUGGGUGGCAGCACCAAAGGAAAACCGAACCGUAUGGAGAUCCUCGAUCAUCUUGGGUUUAUCGAUGUGCUACUUGAUGUGGGCCAUCACUUACUUGGCCCAAUUGCAUCCAUUGGAGGCUCCCAGAAGAUCCGACUUGAGACCUGAAUAGAUGUAUGAGUAUUGACGCUUGUCUCGUCCAGUGUAUUUAACUUCAAUGUUGUACAGUGGUUUCAUCUUCUUAUCUUCUUCAAUUAUUUCAUUCAACGUUUUAUCUUCUUCAGUUAUAUUCAAUGUUUCAUUCCGUCAUAGAAUCAAGACUUUUCAUUUCUUUUAAUUACUUAACUUCUACUCACUUAACUUCUACUCACUUAACUUCUACUCACGUAACUUCUACUCACGUAACUUCUACUCACUUAACUUCUACUCAAUACUUCACUUUAUAUGAGUACUUACUACUCCUUCCUAUUCCCGCAAUUUCUCUUUAAGUACUUCUCCCCAAGGGCUUUUUAACUGCUUCUCCUUGUUUAGCAUGCCUAAUAUAUGGUUCCUACUACCUCCCAAGGUCUCCGGGUAACUUGGUUGUGCUAACAAAACAAAAAUAAUUGAAAAAAAAAAAGUAUUUAUGUCCACAGAGAAAUUUUGAAAAAUUUUUACUUCUUCUUCUUCUUCUUCUUCUUUACACAUUUAUCCCACAUAUAUAUAUCCAAUAUAUAAUAUCCA